AAAAGUUUCAUAGGCAUUAAUUAUAUUCAUUUAAAAAUUAUGAAUACAGUAACGCUUGGUUUAUUCUGCAUAGUUAUAUGCUUAAUUGAAAUAAAUGCCGGUGCAGUUCUAACUGUGAAACCACAAACUGUCACUGUGAAACCACAAACUGUCAAUAAGAAAAAUACUACACCAGUCCAUCAAGAACAACCAUCAUUUUGGAGACGUAUGUGGAAUUCGGCUGAAACGAAGACUAAGGAUAAUAAUAAUCCAAACCCGAGCACAGCUGUGGCUGAAAGUCUCUCACUGAAAGAAAGGAUUAUGAAUAAAUUCAACAGUAUUUUUGGAGAAGAAGAAUAUAAUCCCCCUCAGAACAGUGAUUUCACUGAGAGAUUAUGGAUGUUAUUCAAACAUUGUUUCUUGAAUUUCAAAAAUCUUGCCAAAAUAUUCUCCAUUUAAGAAAAUGGAAAGGAUUUAGUUAAAGUUAAAGAAAAGAUCAUUAAUGAACAAUAGAACAUGUAACUGAAUUCAUUUUAAACAAAAAUAUAUUUGAUGUAAUGUCUUUAAUUUUAUUAUUUAUUUGAGCAAAUAAAUAUUGGUACAAAAGGGGGAACCCAAUACAUAUGCGCCACACAAAUCAAGUGAUUUGCGUGCGGGUCGUGAUAGUACUCGGGUACCCAAACCGAUGUAAGUGGUUUUCUUAAGGGGACCAAUAAUUAAUUCAUACGUCAUUUGUUUCUUCAGUAUCCUUGAGACCAUGUGCACCAUUGGUUUAGAAU